CGACUGCUUGAGCGACGACAGGGCUUUUGCAGUUAUAGAGAAACGAAGCAAGGCGUGGGCGGGCUGCGCGACGUGUCGGUGAACAUCCCGCUGGCGGUGGCUCCCGGGGACACGGUCAAGCUCACCUGCCUGUACGACCUGGAGGGCGACCCCCUGUACACCGUCAAGUGGUACAAGGGCCGCCAGGAGUUCUUCCGAUACGUGCCAAAGGAGCUGCCGCACACCCGCGUCUUCCCGCUGCCCGGCGUCAACGUCGAUAUCGGGCAGUCGAACGCCCACCAGGUGGUCCUGCGGGACGUGCAGUUGGAGCUGGCGGGCAAGUACCGCUGCGAGGUGUCGGCCGACGCGCCCUCCUUCCACACGCAGGUCGUCACCAGCCACAUGCACGUCGUCUACCACCCGGAGGGAGAGCCACGGAUGUUCGUGGAGAAACCGCGCUACGCCGUCGGCGACACGCUUCGCGCCAACUGCUCGGCGCCCGCCUCCAGCCCGCCCGUCAACCUCACCUGGUUCCUCAACGACCGCAAGAUAAACGAGACGUUCCUGGAGCGGCACGAGGUGCGGACUUCCGCCGCGGCAGCCCCGGGCUCUGCAUCCGGCAGCGGCGGGGGCGGCCUGCAGCCCGCGUCCGUGGCGGGUGGCGCCCCGCAGCAGCAGCAGCAGCAGCAGCAGCAGCAGACGCGCUACGUGACGGUGAUCGGCCUGGAGAUGGACGUGGGCAGCGACGCGUUCCGCGGCGGCAAGCUGCGGCUGGCGUGCCGCGGCGCGCUGUUCGGCCUCUACCGCCAGCAGGCGCUGCGCGUCAUCGACGAGGAGCGGCCGCGGCUCGCCUCCGUCCUGGGCACGCGCGAGUCCUCCGCCACGGGAGCCGGCGUGUCGGCGUGGGGCCAACCCGGUUGGUUGCUGCUGCUGGCCACGGGAACGCUUCUGGCGCUGCUGUCGCUGUCGAGAUAGCAGACCGCGGUCUCCGCCUGCAGCCGCUGCUGCUGCUGCAACUGCUACUGAUGCGGCUAGCAGCUGAAGUCGCCACCACGGCCACCAGAGCUAAGGCAUCGACACCAACGUCGCUCACGGGGCCACACAGCCAGACG